AUGGAGAAGGAGGAGGAGCAGGAGGAGAAGAAAACCAGCAGUUCUUCCAGCGGCAGCACCAAUAUAUCACCGAUCCUCCUCAGUCCACAUCUUACAUUUCAAAACAGCAUCACCAUCAUCAUACGCCCCUCCUCUCCUUCCCCCCAAUCCCACCCGCACCCGCACCCCCAUCCCCACCCCCAAAAAUUCAGCAUCCAUCUCUCACUCCUGCACUCCCACACCCCAUUCUUCCUCCAAUCCCUAAUCCCCAUCCCACGCACCCCGAUUCUCAUACCCACACUUAUCAGCUCACGCAUGCUACGCCGCGAAUGGCGCUGGGAAUUCGAGAACGAUAUCAAAACGAUGGAGGGUAAUGGAUUCGGGGAUGAAGAUGGGAAGAUUGAGAUCCCAGUCCGUGUGUGCUUGCCUGGGAUGGGGAUGGGGGAAGUGAGGCAGUUUGAAUUACAGAGGGGUAUUAUUAUGGAUGCAGGACGAGAGGAGGAUGUGUUUGGGAUGUUUGUGGAAUGGUUAUAUAACGGUAUUGGCGGAUGGGAUUUACACGCCGACAGCGGCAGCUCGCGCGUUGCUUAUCACAUCUCUAUCCUAGCAAGACUCUGGCUCUUCGCCCAAAAGCUACAAGUCCAGAAGUGUAUGGACGAUUGUAUAAAAUGCAUCGCACUCCUCCUCCGAGCGAGCCAAGCAGAUGGAAUCUCAGGGAUCCUGAAAAUUCUGGCUUGGGUCUACGAUAACACGGAGAAACAGAGCGAACUGAGAUGUUUCUUGAUCGAUCAGUGUGCGCGCUUUUUGGAUCCGGAAUUGGUGCUUAAUGGUGGUUUGGAUCGGGUUCCGAGGAUGGCUUUGUUGGAUUUGGUGGGGAGGCUGAGGGGUUUGUUGAUGAUUGCGGAUUGA